AUGCUUCCUUCAAAGUCUGAUGUCAAUACUUCCUUCUUCCAGCCACACUCCUUCCUCCUGAUUGGCAUCCCAGGACUGGAAGCUGUUCAUGGCUGGGUCUCCAUCCCCUUCUCCUCCAUGUACACCGUGGCCCUCGCUGGGAACUGCCUGAUCCUCCUGGCUGUGAGGAGGACUCCCAGCCUGCACCAGCCCAUGUACUACUUCCUGUCCAUGCUGGCCCUCACAGAUGUGGGCCUCACCAUGUCCACACUGCCCACCACCCUGGCUGUGCUCUGGUUUGACUAUCGGCUCAUAGGCUUCAAUGCCUGCCUGGCCCAAAUGUUCUUCCUCCACUCCUUCUCUGUGGUGGAGUCCUCCGUGCUCCUGGCCAUGUCUUAUGAUCGUUUUGUGGCCAUCUCCAACCCCCUGCGUUAUGCCACUAUCCUCACAAACAAUGUCAUCAUCAGGAUCGGACUGGCCAUUGUAGCCCGUGCUACCCUAUCUCUCUUCCCAGUGCCAUUUCUGCUUAAACGUCUGAAUUUCUGCCCUAACAAAAUAGUCUUGUCCCAUUCCUUCUGUUUCCAUGCAGAUGUCAUGAAACGAGCUUGUGCUGAUAUUAUUGUCAACAUCCUUUAUGGGCUAUAUGUAGUUCUCUCCACUGUAGGUGUAGAUUCCUUGCUUAUAGUCUUGUCCUAUACCCUGAUUCUUCAUACAGUGAUGAGUCUUGCCUCUCCCAAGGAACGUGUCCGAGCCCUCAACACUUGUGUUUCUCAUAUCUUAGCUGUUCUAGUGUUCUACAUUCCAGUUAUUGGUGUGUCCAUGAUUCACCGUUUUGGGAAGCACCUGUCCCCAAUGGUACAUGCUUUGGUUGCCUAUGUAUACUUGGUGGUGCCCCCAGUUCUCAACCCCAUCAUCUACAGUGUGAAAUCCAAGCCCAUCAGGGACGCCAUGAUAAGAGUAAUAAGGGAUAAGAGGCAAGGGUGA